AUGGACCAAGGGAAUUGCUCCUCAUUGACUAAAUUCAUUUUAGUGGGAAUUACUAAUAAAUUUGGGAUGAAAAUGACACUAUUUACCAUAUUUCUAUUCAUUUAUCUCAUUAAUCUUCUGGGAAAUCUUGGAAUGGUCAUUUUAAUUAGAAUGGACAGCCAGCUCCACACACCAAUGUACUUUUUCCUCAGCAACCUCUCUUUCUGUGACCUCUGCUAUUCUACAGCAGUUGGACCCAAGAUGCUGGUUGAUAUUUUUGGCAAGGAUAAAUCAAUUUCUUUUUUUGGUUGCACUCUGCAGCUCUUCAUUUGCUGUACCUUUAUAGACUCUGAGUGCAUACUGCUGGCAGUGAUGGCGUUUGACCGGUACAAGGCCAUCAGCGACCCCUUGCUCUACACAGCCCACAUGUCGAGCAGGCUGUGUUCCCUGCUCGUGGCUGCGGUUUACCUGAUGGGAAUGGCAGAUGCUGUCAUCCACACAACGUUAACAUUCCGCUUAUGUUUCUGUGGUUCUAAUGAGAUUGAUCAUUUCUUCUGUGAUAUCCCACCUAUCUUAUUACUGUCUUGCUCAGACACACAGAUCAAUGAGUUAGCCAUAUUUACAAUUUUUGGAUUCAUUGAACUGAGCACCAUAUCGGGAGUGCUGGUCUCCUAUUGCUAUAUCAUUUUAUUCAUCUUAAUGAUCCGCUCUGCUGAGGGACGGUGCAAAGCUUUAUCCACCUGCACCUCCCACCUCACUGCAGUCGCCAUCUUCCAGGGAACCAUGCUCUUCAUGUACUUCCAGCCCAGUGCAUCUUAUUCCUUGGAGCAGGACAAAAUGACCUCACUGUUUUACACCCUUGUGAUCCCCACCUUGAAUCCACUGAUUUACAGUUUAAGGAAUAAGGAUGUGAAAGUGUCCAUUGAAAAACUGAAAAAUAAAAGGUGGUUUUAAAUACAUAGUAUAGAUCAAAACUUUCCCCCCACAUACAUAGUGAUUUUUUGGUCUCCUAAUAGUCUACAGUAAUGGAUAAAAAACAAAU